GCCGCGACAACAAAUGGUGUCACGUUAAAACGCUCUCGGAUGAAUUCGCCGAGGAGAACGUGUGCAGGUUCUAUCCGAACGAUGAGAAUCUGCGAAUAUCCACGGAGGAAUCGUCGUGGGUUCGUGCAUGUUCCGGGAUUCGAAAUUGUGAUCGCGUCCACGGUGCCUAUAAAAUGUGGUCUGGGCAGCAGUUCCGCCUUGGUCGUCGCGUUGUACACGUUCCUCGAAGUAAUCACGAAUACCCAAACAGCGAACGUGCUCGAAAAAACGCUGGUGUGUCAGUUGGCCCAGAAAAUGGCCACAGGAUCCCCCGAUCACCGCAUCGUCGAUUCCUUGAUUUCUAUUAUUGGAAACGAAGACGAGAUAAUUGCCUUCGAUUCACGGUCCCUGAACAUCAGCAAACAAGAUUGGCAAACGGUCAACGCGGAAAUGGUCCUUAUCGGAUUUCCCGAGUUCGAUCUCGAGGAAUCUGCGAAAUACCGUUCAGACACGACGCGGCGAAAAGAAAUCUUGAACAUCAAGAACACGAUCGCCCGGUGGCGAACGAACCCAGACGGCGAUAAGAUGAUGCGACGUCUGUACCCGGAAGAAACGAUGACCUUGACCGAGAAUAUCCGCCAGGAAGAUAAGAGGAUAUCGGAAAUAAUGAAAACAAUUCAAACGAAACGAUGGAAGAAGCUGGGUAUGGUGUUAAACAUUUAAAAACAUUACGCAGUUCGAUUUUUCACAUUUUUUUUAUCCAUUGCAUAGUUUUAAUAAUGUAUAAUAAUCCAUAUAAGCAAGUAUUUUACACAGCUUGUUAAAAUAUUACAUCCAAUAAAUGAUAUAUUAUUUAGGCUUUUAUAUAUAUAUAUUCUUUCUCUAGAAUAGUAAAUUGUGUCUCUCACUUGAAAUAUGUUUCCAAAAACUUUACAGUUUAGGUACCACGCAUCUGCCCCAAGAAAGUGUCGAACUUAUUCCUGCAAAAUUUUCCGAUGAUUAUGUAUAAUGAAUGUUACAGGAAAACUCUUGUGGGAAAAUUAUCGAUACACGCGUAAAUCCUUGAAUUAUCUGCCAGACGAGAUCGAACGUGUCAUGACUGCGUUGGAGUCUACGGAUGGUGUUUUAGGAGCAAGUCUCAUCAGCCGCGGUCGCGGCGCUUCCAUGUUCGCAUUGGUAAUCAUUUUUCUUAGUAACACAAAAUGACUAUUUAAAAGAAAAUAUCGGAAACAGAAGACUAUUACUUUUGAACUUAUCAUUUACAACAGAAAGAUAACAAUAUAAAUUAAACAGCAACGUUAUUCGAUUACCCUCCGCAA